CCGCACGACAGAGGGCGCGGGGAAGGCCGCCGGGGACACCGCGUCCCGCCCACCGCCCGCCCGGCCCGUGCCUUCCCGGGGCCGCGGGGGGGGCCGCGCCGCCUUACCCCGUCGCCUAAAUAAGGGCGGCGGCGGGGCGGUUGGGCGCUGCGGUCCGAGCUCAGGGUUUGCUGUAGAAGUGGCAGAACGGUCGUUAAUUCGGCAUGUCCACGAGCAGUUUGUAAUAGGGUCGUGUAAUCACAAAGACGACGCAGGAGUAGGGGGAAAAUAUCUUGACGCCUUCCAGGAAUCUGGAGACUUUUCACUCUGCAGUAAUCAAUAAACAAGUGUGAAGCAUGAGGAUCAACUCUGCUCUUCAGGCUGCUAUUGAUCUCACAGCAGGAGCUGCAGGUGGGACAGCCUGCGUGGUGACUGGCCAGCCCUUCGACACAGCAAAGGUGAAGAUGCAGACGUUCCCUGACAUGUACAAAGGAAUUGUUGACUGUUUUGUGAAAACCUACAAACAAGUGGGAUUUCGAGGCUUCUACAAGGGGACCACACCUGCUCUGGUAGCCAACGUUGCAGAGAACUCUGUUCUUUUCAUGUGCUAUGGGUUCUGCCAACAAAUUGUGCGGAAAAUUGUUGGAGUAGACAGGAAAACAAAGCUCAGUGACCUACAGAACGCUGCCGCGGGCUCCUUCGCCUCUGCCUUUGCCGCACUUGCCCUGUGCCCCACAGAGCUGGUGAAGUGCCGGCUGCAGGCCAUGCACGAAAUGCAGUUGUCGGGGAAGAUAACGCAGGGGCAGAAUACAGUUUGGGCAGUAGUGAAGAGCGUUAUCCAAAGGGAUGGCCCCCUCGGGUUCUACCGCGGCCUGUCGAGCACCUUGCUGCGGGAAGUCCCCGGCUAUUUCUUCUUCUUUGGGGGGUAUGAACUGAGCCGGACGUUCUUUGCCUCUGGGAGAUCGAAAGAUGAAUUGGGUCCCAUUCCUUUGCUGCUCAGCGGAGGUUUUGGAGGCAGCUGUCUGUGGAUUGCUGUGUAUCCUGUGGACUGUGUCAAAUCUAGAAUUCAGGUUCUGUCAAUGACUGGAAAGCAAGCGGGCUUCAUGGGAACAUUUGUAACUGUUGUGAGAACUGAAGGUGUACUUGCCUUGUAUUCUGGACUAAAGCCAACUAUGAUCCGUGCAUUCCUGGCCAAUGGGGCACUGUUCCUUGCCUAUGAGUACAGUCGGAAACUUAUGAUGAAACAGAUAGAUUCUUACUGAUGCCUUCUAGGAAACAGAUCAACCCUUUAAAUAAACAAUCAAAAAGGACUCAUCAUGAUCUGAGAGCAUUACCAGAUCACUGACUUGAUUUUAGGAACUCAAUUCCAGUUUAGGAUUUGUAAUCUUUUAAAUUCAGAUGAUUUUUAUGGAGAGGUGUAUAUGCUUCUUGAAUUGAGCUGGCAGGACUGUCUCCAUCUUGCAGGUUCUGCACUGGGUAUGCUGCACAUCAUAAAUGCCUGCCUGUAAUGGUGCUAAAAAGACACAUUGGUUUUCAAUGUUACAGACAGAACAGGCUGUGAUUUAAGAGGAGCAUUGCUUUAGAGCCUGUGCUGUGACUGCUGCAUUUCCCAUUUCUUGCUAGCAGUAUCUGAUUCCAAGUAAUUCCAAUCUUGUCUAAUCUUACUGAGUGCGGCUGUCACUUUCUAGCUCCCUUCCACCCUAUGACUGUCUAUGAUUGUUGCAGCUGGUUCCUGACUUCGUACUCUGACACACUGAUGGCCUUAGAGAAGCUAGAAGCUUUCACCCCCUGCUUUUACAGUCCUAUGAUCUAGAGCUGAGGUAGGGUUGCAUUUGAGGUGAAAUAUGAAGUUUCUGGGUGUAAGGAGACAAGGGAGCAUUUGUGACAAUUGUUUGCUGCAGGCAGUGCUAAAGUAUUAUAAAUGUCACUGAACUAAACUAACAUAGGAGGGCUACUGGAAACAGCUGCUUGUUCAAAGCAUGGAGUUGUAAUGUGCGAGCUCAGGGUUGGGUCACCUUGAUGUAGAUGAGCCUGUGCUGGAAGGAGAGGAAGCUGAAGAGGAAGAAAAAGCCGGAGCCAAGUUCUUGAAGACAGCUGAUACCAUGGGCUUCAAUGUACGUCAACUGGAGUCCUGCCACAUGUGCCACUUGCUGCAGCUCUUCAGUUAAGUGGAAAGCACUUGUCUCGGGCCAUUCACAUCACCCUCAGGACUGAAGGACACAUAUGCUUUCUCCUGGCAUUUGCUUAAAUGUGCAACUUAAGGCCAGUUAGUGUUACCCAAAAUGAGAUUGUAGCACCUACUUUUCUAGUUGCUUCCUUCCUUCUCUUUAAGAAAGCAGCCUACUGCCAAGCCUGGAUGAAGACAAAGCAAAUCUCAGUACAGUUCACAAAUCAAACCUGGAGGUGCUGAGAGAGAUGUUACCUAUGUGAUGGUGUGACAUACUCACCCUUUGGACACAGCCACCUUCUUGGCUAGCAGCACUUUGACACAUCACAUAGAAAUUAGCACCUAGAACAUGCCAGUAAGUGGCAGUUUCAUGCUACAGCCUGUUUCAUAUCCCCAGAAAGAGGAAAAAGCUGUAGACACAGAGAAAAACAUCUCACUGCCUCUUGUGAUGGAGUCCAAGUACAGUGGAAGGGGCUACUAGUCUCUGGUGGAAGGUGGUUACUGCAGGUCCACAGACCCUUUUUGUUUCUUCAGCCUUCAGGAGCAGCACAAACCACUCUCACCUGAGGAGCAGUUACAAACAGUGCAUGGCUGAAGAGGCUGUAGUGUCUAUUGCACAACUUUACCUCAACUCACUGGUACCUGUGGCAGUAACACUGCACAGUCAGUUCUUUAAAAAGGAGCUUGUGGCAAAGGCUUGAAUAAUUCAGGUACAAGGGUUGGAUUUCAGGAGUCUUAAGCUUCCUGCUUUCUGAAGUUGUUUAUCCAAGAGAAACAAUAUCAAAUGUCAUUAUUAUUACAACUGCAUACAAAGAUAACAGAAUCCAUACCAGGGGAAUACUGAAAUCUAUGUCUUAGAUUUGUCUUUGCUUUCAUUGUAUAAAGCUCAGUUGCAAUAUCUAAUUACUAAUAAUAAAAAAAAAAAGCUUCAAGAGAAGCAGGAGUUUCAGAACCACUGACAGCAGGAAGUUGGUGACAUGAACAGAGUUUACCUUUCAGGGUUGAACCAAGCAGUAACUUCUACAGCUGCAAUUAAGCUGCACAUGUGUAUGGGUUGUUCAGCUGAGAACUUCAUAAUGUUGUUACAGGAAUCCAUAGCAAUAAAGUUUGAUUCAACUGAGCAGCAGGCUUUGCCCUUCA